AUGUCAAUACCUCGAUUAGAAUUACUGGCAAUACUCAUCGGAGUGAGAAUGGUACAAUUCGUAUUAAAACAAAAAGAGCUUGAGGACGUGAUAACAAUUUUAUGGUCCGAUUCUCAAUGUGCGCUUCAUUGGGUUCACAAUAGUUCCCGUUUACUACCAACGUUCAUACAAAAUAGGGUAGAAGAAAUACGAAAGGCGAAAAUCCAUUUUAGAUAUAUCCCAAGUGAACAAAACCCAGCUGAUAUAGCUACAAAAGGAAUCUCUCCGAAUAAACUAAAAGGAUAUGAUCUUUGGUGGAAAGGACCAAAGUGGUUAACAGAAAACGAAUCAAAAUGGCCACAGUGGAAAUACAAUUACAAUGAGGAUUACCAGGAUGAAGAAAUUGUGGCCCACAUCACAGAACCAAUUAUCAUAAACAAACAUUUCGGAAUCUUAGAUGCUAGUCGUUUUAGCAAAUGGUCAAGAUUAAUAAGAACAACUGGUUGGGUUCUGAAAUUCAUAAGAUUAACAAUGAAAAGGGAAAUUCCUUGGCUAAAGAUGGCAACGAAAGAAAAGAAUAUAUUGACAACACAGGAUUACGAGUUGUCAGAAAUUGUGCUAUUCAAACAAGCACAGUCAGAAGGAGUUACCAAAGAUGAAAUAAUCAAAUGGAAUUUGUUCUAUGAUAACGAACUAUGGAGAUACAAAAGCCGCGUAGUUAACUCUGAAAUGAAAGAGAGUAACUUACACCCAAUAUAUCUCCCGAGACACAACACCAUAACUGAACUCUUUAUUCAGCAACGACAUGAACAACUGUAUCAUGCUGGAAUUGCUCAUACACUCUCAAAUCUGAGAUCGACGAUAUGGAUCCCAAAAGGUAGAACGGAAGUCAAACGAAUCUUGAAUAAGUGCAUGAAGUGCAGACGCUGGACAACUAAACCAUUCAAAUUACCAACUAUGGCUGAUCUUCCAGCAUCUCGGACCAUUGCAAGAUCAAGACCCUUUGCGCGAGUAGGACUAGACUAUUUAGGUCCUGAAUAUCAGGACGAUGCAUAG